CGUUCAUUUUGACGAAAUAGGGGCGAAGUUACGUGCUCAAAUCAACUUUGCAAAUGAGCGAUCUUACAGUUGCUGUCUCUGAGCCUCCUGCACCGCAACACAUGGAACCGACGGAUGCCAACAAAAAGCAAAAGAUGUCCUAUCAGAUGGCAACAGACAGCGAUUGGCCCGAUGCAUGGCAUAUGCCGGAUGCUGUCGAAGACCAAACCAAGCCCAACCGAUUGGAGCCCAAUGUCCCGGCAACAGUGGACGAGCUGAAAAAGAUAGGUCUCUGCUAUUGGAAAAUGGACGCUGAGUCGUACGAGUAUCCCGUCAAGGCUGUACCAUGGAAUCCGGAAAACGCCACUGAUCCCAAGCUAAAGGCUCUCCGCGACGAUCGUGGAUAUAGUUAUGCGGAUAUCAUUACGAUCCAUCCCGAUUACCUACCGGACUUUGAGAAGAAAAUUGCAAGCUUCUUUGAAGAGCACAUUCAUGAUGCCGAGGAAAUCCGAUACAUUCUUGGUGGAUCAGGUUUUUUUGACGUCCGCAACUUGGAAGACAAAUGGAUUCGGAUUCAUGUCAAAAAGGGUGAUCUCAUGACACUCCCAGAGGGCAUUUAUCAUCGGUUCACAUGCGACGAAGAACGCAUAAUUCAUGCUAUGCGUCUUUUCAUCGGAGAGCCCGUGUGGACACCAUUCAACCGUCCUCAGGAAGACCAUCCAUCCCGAAAAAAGUAC